ACGAAAAUUUGGAAUCUUCACCACAAAUCUCACUUUCUGGUAGUGCUAAGAAAAGUAACAUUUUCUUAAAAAAGAAGAAAUGAGUACUUUGGGGCCUCUGGCUUGGACAUAUCCUAGAUUGGGCCUUGAUCCAUUCAGACAAAAGAACCAAAAAUUUUCAGUCCCUUCCUCCUCGGUUCCUCCUCUUUCUUCUGCCAACGGUCGUCCAUCAUUCUUUCGCCAAUCAGCAGAGAAGAAGAGAGGGGUUGAUAGAAGGAAAGAAGUGAAAAAGAAAAAAAAAAAAAAGAUGAGGGACGUGAUUCCGCCGCACUGGAAACCGCCGUGUAACAAUGAGUGCACCCUCAAAUACUCCGCCCUCAUGCAAAUUCCCUGGAGAGUGUUUUGCAAAAAGGGGUGCGAUGCUGAUGGUGAUACAUGGGAAGAAUGUUUGACGGAAUGCGAUGAGAUCUGCUAUAAAGAUCCAGUUUUCAAGGAUCAAAAGUGGAGUGCUUACAUAGACCGGUCUCCUGGUGCUACCCGCUAUUCUGAGGUUUUCACUCCUUCCUGCCUAGUCAAACCCUUGUUGCCUAAUUGUAGCACUCAUUUUUUAGACAUUAUUUAUGCACAUCUAUUGUUUGUUUCUCGUUUAUAAUUUUUCUUUCUGACGGUUGGUUAUGAAACCCUGAAGUAUGCGCUUAAGUUUAAUGGUGCAAAAAAAACAUGAAUGUGGUGAAGUCUCUUCAAAAAUCUUGGGUAGUAGAGUGUCCAUAAUAAACUGGUUUACCUGGCUAUUUGUUAGUUGUCUAGUUAUAUAGAAGUUCCUAUGGCAUUGGUUAGUUUAUUUCUAGUCAGGUAUCCUGGUUAGUUUAUUUCUAGUCAGGUAUCCUUCCAUCAGUUAGUUGGUCAAGUUUAGAGGUGUCGUCAGGAAGAUGGUCGAACUAAAUUUUUUUCUUUAGUAUUGGAAUGGACCUACUACAACAUUUUAUUUUAUGAGGUGGACUGGUCCAUAAUUUAUAGAUAUUAGUCAUCUUAGUGAAGUUAGUGAAGUUUUCUGAAUCACUGAGUAGUAUUAGUUUCAUUAGGGAUUCUACUGAAUUGUAUAAUUCUUUUGGACUUGAGACGAAGAAGUUCACUUAGGAAAUAGAUAUAUUGAUAACAUCAUCCAUCAGGGGAUGUAGCCUGUUUUGAUCUACCAGUUUUGAUCAACAGAGAUAUUAAAAACAUUGAGCAUUAUCAUUGAUUGUUGAGUUGUGUGCAGAUGUGCAAAACAAAUUGUUUGAUUGUGCUGCCAUACCAGAUUUUGUUUGAUUGUUUUUUCUGUUGACGCAUCCUUGGCAUAGAAAGAAACUCCUGAGUGUAUUUAUGCCCCUUAGUUUCAAAUUGCAAAGCUGUCUUCUUGAUCUGUACAUUAUUCAAGCCUGAUGAUUGGGAACUCUCAUUGCUUUUUUCGACAAUUUAGUUCUACCACCUUUUUAAUCCAUGCAGGAUUGCUUUCAUGCAUGUAAAUCUGGCUGUGGUUUUAAGGUAAGCCUAAACUUCUGGUUACAAAAAUUGAAGUUCUUUGGUUGUAUUCUUAUCUUUUUCAUGCAUAAGUAGCACAUAUGAAGUGUAGCAUAUGAAUUUCAAUUGAAAGUUAUUAAUAUUGCGAUAAAAUUCUAAAAUAGACUUUCUUAAAUACUGAUACUAUUAUUAACAUUUUUUUUUACUAAAAUGAUAAAUGGCUUUACAAAUGUGAGAAAUUUGUUAAUUAACUGCUUUGUCAAAAGUGAAAAGGACUGAACAUGUAAUGGAUUUGGCGUUGAAUCAUUAUUGUGUGACUUGUGUCUUUAUUUGAUGGUAGAGUGGUUUCUGGACCAAAAUGCCCAUAAUUAAAAAGUCAUGUUAAAGAUCUUAGUUUGAUAAUCGCAUGGUUUUCCAGCUUUCAUGUAACCCUUCGACGAUAGGUUUGUGUCUUUUUAUCAGAAAUCAUAACUGAGUUGAAGUGCUUUGCGGACAAAUGCUAAGCUAACUUUGAUUCCUGAAAUUGAAAAUAGAAGCUGAUACAUUUAUGAGCAAGAAGAUCAGGGGAAAAGUUUACUUGUGUAGUGUACUGUGUUUAUAGCUCUACUUUCCUGCCGAAAAAGUUUUCUAUGGAUGUGAUGUCAUUUCUUUUGUUCAUUGCAGUUUGAUAUUCAUCCAGAAAAAGUCAGUCAGGUUUAUCCAAACAGGCCACCUCCACCUCCUCCUGUGAAGAAACCUACACCUGUUAAACCAAGACCAUCUCCAGACUCCAGUGGCAACACCGCUCAUGACAUUGCCUCCACUUCUGCAUAAUCAAAUUUUAAAGGGUCGAGCUACAUUCUUUAGCUUUUUGUACAAAUUUUGGACUUGGCUCUGUGAAGCAAGAGCCUUGACUAAAAUUUUUUUGAGGAAAUGAUGCAACGGAAACUAUAGGACAAAUUUUGCACGAACUUCUACUAAUGGUAUUAACCCAGCAGAGAUUAGGUUAAUCUUAGUCGUUUUUCACUUGCUGAAGGAUUUACAUUUCUUAGUAGCAAGUCCCCCUCCCCUGGAGAGUAGCAAGACUAUCAACAUACAUGGUCAUGAUGACAUAUUGACAUGGGCAUAACCUUGACAGAUAGGCAAUGAUAAGCGGAUACUUACCGAUUAACAUUUGUCAUUUGUUCUUUACCGUGUAUCUGAUAUGGUGAUCGAUAUGUAAUUUAAUCUAGACCAGCUUGAUGGUGGAAUAGGAUAGUUAAAUUGAUUGAAUUUUGAAGGUUGAUCAAACUGUUGAACCUGUUGGUUUGCAACUGGGUCGACAAAUCUACGUUUGUUUUCACUCACAAGUUCGUCUAGAACUGAGCAGAAUUUGAAAAAAUAAG